AUGGAAGGACCGAACAAGAAGAAACAGCGACGCGGCGAGUGGUCCGUAGCGGACGAGCAACAACCAUCUUCACACGAGGUGGUGGGCAGUAACUCCGACGCUCUGUGGAGGCAGGCCCUUCGGCCGUUCUUGCGUCGCUGGCCCGUGGACCACCAGCACCUGGAGGGAGUUGGGUGGAAGGCCAAGCUCAAGAGGCACAUGGAGCUCUACUGGCGCACCACGCCUCCCGGCCCGUCCGACAUUUCCAGAAUCAGUCCCGAGUUGCUCGGCCUCGGAGCGCCCUGCAUUCGGCUGCACCCGCGCCGCAUCGGCCAGCACUCUCUGCGUGAAGAGGACGGCACAGUUGCGCCGCGGAAAGAUGCGUCGAAGUGGGCCGGCGAGUUCCUGUGGCCGUCCAACGAGCCUUGGCCCAAGUGCGAGCAGUUCUACAAAGACCACGACGCAGACGACGACGAUGAAACGUGUGGCGUCGCCGUUCCCGUGCUGCAGCUACGUAAGGACGACCUGGCGGGCGUCGUGACGUUUCCAGAGGGGAAGGACCUGUUCCAGCUGCUCUGGUGCCCCACCAUACACGACGACAGCUACACCGUGCGCAUCGUCCACUAUUGGCACAUCUUGCGGUCAGCCAUGGACGAAGAUGAAGAUUGGAGCAUCUACUCGGCCGCUCCAGGGCUCAAGGUGGGCGGCUUCGUUGACUACAUCCAGUCAACGUGGGGCAGGAACCCACACUGUUGCGGUGAGCCAAUGCAGCACUUGCUCCACAUCCCCAGCUGGGAGCGCGGCUCUGGCCUCCCACGGUGGCUGCCGUUGCCCGACCGGGCAAGAUUUUUGGCGGAGGAAGACAAGUUUGGCGAUGAGAGCUCCGUGAUCGUAACUCCCCUCAAGAUCAUGCUUGGAGAUGGCUGCGGCAAUAUUGAUUGGCUUUACCAGACCAGCUAG